AUGCCAAAACAGAAAAGGAAGCAAACAGGAAAACUACGAAGUGGCAGUUUGACUAAAUGGUUAAAACCGUCUUGUCGUGCUGAAAAUGCUACUUGUGUGGAAGAAAUUUCAGGAGUCAAGAAUAAUUCCAACAAGACCGCAAGAAGCGGAACCGAUGCUAAAACUACGAGUCCUGGUAGAUCGGAGAGCAGCACUUCGUAUCAACGUAGACACGGUCCGCACAGACACACGGACACAGCAACACAGAAUAGAAAUGGUGGUCACGUUCCUACGACACAGACGUCCGCUGACAGGGAUCACCAGAAAAAGACACAGAGAAGUGCGUCUGAAGAGGAAGCUGAAUGCCGCAUUGACAUGCAUACUAGCAGUCCAAGAAGACAGACUUCCCUUGUCAGUGGUCGCCAUGAAGAGGCACCUGCUACAGGAAGUGCAUCUAAAGUGGACUUGGACCUGAAAAGAACAAUAACGACAAAGAAAAAUACAUUAACGUUUCACAUGAAAAUGGGCAAGGAACUAAAAAAACACAAAUUGGAAUUUGACGAACACCAUACUAUUCUUGAUGUAACUAAGCAUUUUCUCGAUCAAUACAAAUACAAAUCAAUCAUCAACAAUUUGUUUCCGGAAGUGAACGUUAGUGAACAACGCAACAUAGAUAGGUAUAUUCCUAACUUUGGCAUGCCUGCGAAGUUAGUAGCAGGGGAGAAUUUAGUCGUCAUUGAAAAAAAGGUUCAACCCAAAGUAACGGAGUACAGAAGACAGCUCGAACAAGGGGAUAGCUAUCUCGGUAUAUUUUAUGUUAGUUAUGUCGACAAACAUAAACCGAACCGAAUGGUUACAUUUUUAAAUCAUUGUCAUUACAAAAACCAACUUGUAGGUGUCAUGGUCAUUCAGGACGAUACUCUGUCUGAUGCCUUAACACGCGACGGACGUUUUACAGAGAAAAUUAGAAAUUGUGAACUUAGAGAAACUUCAGCUGGGGAAAAUAAUGUUAGCUUAGACCAACAGGCUUCAAGCUAUAUUGGUAAAAUAUUUUCUGUCAUUUGGUUGGGGGCAAAACAAGGCGGCUCUAGUAGAAUCGCUUCAGUGUCUCACGGGAGACCACAGCAAAUCGAUCGAUCUGUAGACGCUAAUUUCAUUUUGUCGAAACUUGGUGAAAUUGAAGACACCGCUAAAGAAGUUCGUAAGGUAUUGCAACAGACUAAACCCAAGGCAACUGCAAAUAAUGUAAGGAAUCGGUUGUCAAAUUUAUUUAGUUCAACUUUCACAGCCAUUCCUUUAAAUAUCUUGAAUCAUCUACAGAAAUCAGUAGGUAUUAUAAAGUGGCCUCAUAGUAUGAAUUCCACUGUUUUCAGAUUGGGCUCUAAGUACAUCAUAACUAAUUACCACGUAGUUAGAUUGAUAUACGACGCAAUGAGGGCAAAUCCAUUUAGACCAAAUGAUGUAACUAUUAGUUUUAAUUUUGUUAGUACACAACACAGCUUAACAAAAUAUACAUUGCGAUACGAAGGAAUGAAAUUCAAUAUGCCUUUCUUCAGUGAAAUCGAGGACCUUGACUAUGCAAUUUUAGAAUUAGACAUUGACGAAGAUAUGGAAAUUGAUGUGCAAGACACCAAUGGUAUAUCUGACCAUAAUAAAGACCAACAAAUUCCAGCAUCGUUAACUGGUAAUCUAGGUCAAAUUCCCAGUGAGCAUUCGGCUAUAAAUAUAUUAGGCCAUCCUCAGGGCCAAGCAAUGCUUUUAGAUGCUCGAUGUACAACCAACAUUACCUCGCUUAAUAAAUUCCCUGUGUAUUAUCAGAAAAGCUUUUCACUAGAUGAUAUCAUGGUUUCUUCCGAUACUAGACGUAUAAAUUAUGAAACGUGCUUGUUUCACGGCGCGUCAGGGUCCCCAGUUUUCACAAACGAAGGGAUUAUUAUUGCUCUUCACACCCGCGGCUUUCCAUUCACUGAAACAGAUAAUCACUACGUCUUUGAACAAGGGGUUUCUAUAUUCGAAAUUAUGAAACAUGCUAAAGUUCUAGCUAACCAACAAAAUAUCCUCGGUAUUUGGAAAGACUUAUUUGAAAAUAGAUUACGUUUAUAG